AGCAAACAACAAUGUACAGAUCGGUAUGUUAAUUGACUAUGGUCAACUGUCCCUGGUAUGUUGCUGAGUGGUCGAAUCUGUGGUGAUUUGAUAGGAACUAGAAAGAAUAACUUGGGAGAAGUGUGGGGUUGGGGUAAAUAAGUGCUUAAUGAUGGAUAUAGAAUUUGUGGGUCAAAAGUGAUGCCUUCCUGUUGUAUGAUUUAAUAUAGUCCAAGUACAUGAUGGAUAAAUAUUUAAAUAGAUUAUCCUCUCCAUGUUCAAAUUUUUAUAGAAACUAUCACAGAUGCAGUAUAAUCCCGGAAAGAUAGAGAAAAAAACAAGAGGUCUUCCACUAUUGGUGGCACCACUGGUGGAAUACACAAGUUAAAGUGCAUGGUAAUUCCCUUUUGCCUCGUUGAAAGCUCAUUUAAUUAGUUAUUGCUUUUGAAAAAUAUAGAAGGUAGAAGUAAAUCUGCAGUUGCUAAAACUCGAGGGAAAGGUGAUGCUUACGGAAAGGUAAGUGCUACGUGACUGGUUUGGCAUUUCGGGUUGUCAGCCCAGAUUGUAUUUCCUGGUUUGAGCGGCUGUGUCCCUCCCGGAAAAAAAAACUAAUCAUCUAUGACAAAAACUGCCGUAUCUUUGUGAGCCUGAGGCUGAAGGAUAUGAGCAGCAGUCCAGCCCAGCCCUCUACUAUUUACAGAACAGCUGCUUAUGUAACAGCCCGUAGCCCAAUGGUUGUGUGGGGGUGGCGGCUGUAGUCUGUAUCACAAACCUGGUAGCGAGCGGCUCAGAUCGCCGAGCCUAGUCCCGGGACCUUUCACUGUGAUGGAGACGUCGGGCGCCCUCAACGAGAUGCUGCAGCUGGCCGACGAGGCUUUCCGGGCCAAGAACUAUGAACUGGCGGCCGACAUCUAUGAAUGUCAGCUGCUGGAGCUGGGCCCCGAGCGGCGCAUCUACCUGCGGAAGGCCGACGCUUUGUGCCGUUGCGACCGCUUCAGCGAGGCUCUGGAGGCCUACCAGAAGGCCGCGGAUCUGGGCCGACUCCGGCCCGACGACAUGCAGAACUUACUGGACAGCAUCACUGCCAACAUCCGCAGUAAGGAGCUGUUGCUCCGGAGCGGCAGGCCGCAGGCUCCGGGCCAGCCCCGGGCGGGCAGCAGCACCGCAGCAGAUCCAAGUCCCGGGGUCGGUGACGAGGAGGAAGAGGACGCUGCCCCAUCUCUGCUAAGUUGCCGCUUGUGCCUGCGCCUGCUCUCGGAGCCCGUAUCGCUUCCAUGCGGACAUAGCUUCUGCCGACGCUGCCUGGAGCAGUCGGCGGCAGCGCCGUGUCGGCUCUGCAAAUACUCCGCCUUUGUGCGGUCUGAAGCUGGGGCCGGAUCCGAGGCCGCCCCCUCCCAAACUUCCACCAGUUCCAGCUUCCGGCCCAACGUGGUUCUCUGCAACUUGAUGGAGAAGUGGUUCCCAUGCGAGAGCCGCGUUCGGCGGCUGCAGGCCGAGGCUGACGGGUUGCUCCAGGGCCGCGACUACCUGGGCGCUCUGAAGCUGACUGAUCAGGCGCUGUCGCUGGUCCCUCAUGACUACUUGAUGCUGUGUAAACGUGCAGAGCUUUAUGUAACUCUGGGACAAUAUGAGAAAGCUCUUUGUGAUGGAGAUGUGGCAUGUGCACUUAAACCACUAAAGGCAACGGGGCAUUUUUGGAAAGCUGAAGCUCUUGCUGAAUUGGGUAGAAUUGAAGAAGCUUUAAAGGAAUACUUAUACUGCCUUGCUGUGAGACCAGACUGGAAAGCUGUAAAACUAAAAGCACAAAAGAUCUUGUGUGAUAUGUUUGUACCCGUCGUGGAAAAUAUGGAGGACACUCUGCUAACCAACAUGCGAGUGCAGGCAACCUCUAUCAGACCCAAGCCUACUUUUCUCAGCGCUUUUAGUUCUGCAUCAGUUGUCAAAGGUGGUAUAGCUGCUGGGCCUUUUGAGUGUUUGAUCAAAGUGAACAAAAUUGUAGUCCAGGAACCAAUUGAUUUGAAUCAAACACUAAAAACAUCCAAGAUAACGCUUGGUGAAAACUUUCUGCCAGUUGACACGGUUCCAUCCUGGCCAACUGAUGACAGUAAAAAGAGAAAGCUAUCAAGUGAGACAGAGUUCUGUGAAAGCUUCAAAAGACCCAACAAAAUGGUUAAAAAAGAUGAACUUGCUCCAUUGACAUUUAAUAAUUUCAAAGCUUCAGGGGAGAUACCUGAGAAGCUUGUGGAUCCAUCUGAUUUUGAAUGUUCUCUUUGUAUGAGAUUGUUCUAUGAACCUAUCACCACUUCCUGUGGGCACACCUUCUGCUUAAGGUGUUUGGAACGCUGUCUGGAUCAUAGUUCCAGAUGCCCGCUUUGUAAAGAAAAUGUUGCCGAGUAUUUGGUAACCAGGGCUUUUGGCAAGGCGUUCCUGAUAGAAGAACUGAUUGUACGGUACCUGCCUGAAGAAUUGAAAGAGAGAAAGAAGUUUCAUGAAGAAGAAAUGAAAGAACUGUCCAACCUCACCGAAGAUGUUCCAAUUUUUGUUUGCACCAUGAGCUUUCCAACUAUUCCAUGUCCUCUUCACGUUUUUGAACCACGUUAUCGUCUCAUGAUUCGCAGAUGUAUGGAAACUGGCACCAAGCAAUUUGGAAUGUGCAUUGGAAGUGACCUUAAUGGGUUUGCUGAUUAUGGCUGCAUGCUAGAAAUCAGGGAUGUGAAGUUCUUUCCUGAUGGUCGUUCUGUAGUUGAUACAGUUGGCAAGCGUCGAUUUAAAGUUUUGCAGCACGGCCAGAGAGAUGGUUAUAGUACUGCUAAUAUUGAGUACCUGGAAGAUGACCAGGUGGAAGGGGCAGAGUAUAAUGAACUGGUCAGUCUGUCUAACCUGGUGUAUGACCAAGCAUUAAGUUGGUUUAAAUCACUCAAGGAUAAUAUGAGAACUCAAAUUCUGAAUCAUUUUGGACCAAUGCCAGGAAAGGAGCCAAUACCUCAGUCAAGUCAAGAUGGUCCUGCCUGGUGCUGGUGGCUGUUAGCUGUAUUACCUUUAGAGAGUCGUGCUCAGCUAGCGGUUCUCUCAAUGACCUCACUCAAAAAUCGCCUCAUUGCUAUUCGCCGUGUAUUAGUAUUUGUGACCCGACGACAGUUCCGAUCAUUGUGAUGAAGAUUUAAUUGGAUAAAUAGCUGCCUUCCAACUGUGUUACUUUUUGUGGGGAAACUUUUUAAAACCCCAUUUGAACUAAAAUAAUGUAACGUUUGAAAAAAAAUAAAAACGAACAGUGAAUUGCUCAUUUCCACAUAAAUUAGUGAAAGAAAAUAUGAUCAUAUCCAAUUAUGUUACGUGUUAGAAUUGCCCUUUGAUUCCAAAGUUAUAUUUGAAGCCAUCACUGCUGUUUUAGAAAAUAUUCUCUUAUUACUGAGAGUCUUGAAUAAAGUAUCUGUAGAUGGAGUUAACCACUGCCUAGCAAAGAAAGAUUAAUUGUGCAGAAGUAUUGAGGAAUAUGUUUUAUUACAAUACUGAUGGGGUGAAAUGAAAAUCUUCGAAUUUGACGUGGCAUACAUGCUACAUAGACUUGAAGUGUUGCAGAUAAUGACCAUAGAUUGCAAGUCUUUGACAAUUCUAGAAGUCAAGAAUGGUACGGCUGAAACUCAAAAUUUCAAAUUGCUGUUCUGAACUUGUAAUAUUGGCAGUGUAUGGCGAAAGAUAUUUUUCAUCAAUUGUCAUUAUUGAAUGAAUUACAUAUGGUCUGAUUAUACUGCUGUUAGGAAUCUUUUGAUUGUAGGCAGAUCUAUUGGGUUCCAUUAAUCUAAACAAGAUGUAUUAUGUUAAACUAGAUUGAACUUGUAUGCCAUCCUCUGCAUGUAUACUGCUGGUGAUACAGAGCAGAGCCAUUCUCUCUGGAUUUUUUUUCAAAAUGUUUUUUUAAGAUUUUAGAAAAUUGCCAUAAUGUUAAGGGCUAACUGUUUAUCUGAAGUUGGCAGCAGCAUAGGAAAAUGUGCUGCUUCAAAUUUGGGUGAGUUUGGUUUGACACUCCUAGCAUAAGGAUAAUUACUUCUGUGUCAUCACAAGCACUUUGUAUUUUUGGCUCAAGGACUCAAGAUAGAUCUGGUAGCAAUAAUGCAUGAUUUACAAUCAUGACACACCUGAUGGCCUGUCAAUGUCUCAUCCAGCUGGAUGUUUAAGUCUGUCCAGACUGAACAUUACCAAGGUAUCAGAAAGGAGAGAACAGUGCAAUUUCAUUCUAAGUCCACUUGUGGUAUGAGCCAAGUAACUUACCAAAAGAUAAUUCGGCAUAGAUUUAAAGUGGGAAGACCGGGUCAGAAUGAUCUGUUCUAGCUUGCAUGUAGGUGCUGAAGUCAGCUUUGCCAAGUCAGAUUGGGACUUGAUUGAGACCUUGUUCUGAACACUGGACAGUGUUUCUACAUCAAGAGAACUUGAUUCUCAUAAAAUUUUUCAUUACCAGUUUUUUUUUUACUAAAGUUUAAUAGAUUUAUUUUCUCAGGUAAGCCUAUUUCUACACUGAACUAUUCAAUACCAUUUAAGCAAAUUCUUAAGCUCAUGAUAAUGAAUUGGAGUAAUUCGGGCCCCAGCAAUUUUAUCCACCUAAUUAUUUCAGUUGUCUGUCCUUUGCCUGAUUGGUUAGUUUAAUUGUUUGUGAAGUUAACAUUUGGAAAUUUUGGAAGAAAACUUGCAUCUCAUCGCGUAACUUCACCUGUUGGAAAUACAAUUAAUAUUGCAUCAUCUAGGCUGCAGGUUUGGCAUCUGUUUUGUAUCAUUAAUUAUGUGUAACUAUUUUUAGAAACAAGCAGUGAAUUCAUGAUGCUUGAAUCAUGAUUGUAUGCAGAUGUUGACAGUAAAUUUCCAGUCACUGUGUCUUUUUAUGCUAUUUUUUUUUCUGAAAUCCCAAAUAUCUCUGAAGUAUCACACAUCAAAGUUGCUGGUGAACACAGCAGGCCAGGCAGCAUCUCUAGGAAGAGGUACAGUCAACGUUUCAGGCCGAGACCCUUUGUCAGGACUAACUGAAGGAAGAGCUAG